AUGACUACUGACACAACAGUGGUUAGCAUCAUUAACGUGAAGAAAUCAGAAGUCCAGAGGCAGUGCGCCGGCGACCCAUUCUUCCCUGGCCUAGAAUACAACGUCAACCGCAAAGUGAACAGAACUUUAAGCAAUCUCUUCCAAGAACUAGCCACUUCAACACUAUGCGACCAAAAUAUCCUGCCUUUUGGAAUCAGGCACAUGUUUGACCUGAAUGGCCGCAGAAUUACUAACUGUAGUGAAAUCGAAGAAGGCGGAGUUUACGUAGUCAGCAGUACCGCCAAUUAUAUCCCUCUCAGCUAUACCAUGUUCACUAAAUGUCCAAAGUGGAAAUGUUUCCCUUCUACAAUGACCAAAACCAAUUCUGCUUCCUCUUGGCAAGUUGUUAAGAAAUACUCCAACAAACUCACCAAAACUCAGUCUGGAUUAAAUUCGUCUAGUAAAUGGAAUAAGAGCGAUAAACGUCCGAGAAUGGGUAAUCAGAAACAAAUUAACUCUGGCAUGCACUCAACUUUCGUGAAGGAAAAAAUUUUGGAUGAUUGUGAUGAGCAGCAAAAGGACAACAAUAAUAACGUGGAAAGAGAAAAUGAAAGUAAAGUUGAAUCAAAGAAGGGCUACAGAAGUGUUCUCAGUUUUUGGAACUUGAAUCUGGGCAAUUCACAGAGUUGGGAUAAAAGAAAUGAAGAUACGAAAAUCCUGCCAGCAAAAGAAGACCCCCCGAGCUUGACUAAAAUGUCAUCAACGACUGGUACAGCCACGAGAAUCAUCACCAUUGACGACGAACUUCCAGACGAUGAUACCCAACAGUUCACCAGUCGUCUUAUCUACAUCCUCUGCAACGGAGUCUCCAGACCGAGAAAGAUUGUUAAGUGGCUCCUUAACAAGCAGUUGGCUCCAAAUUUUGACAAAGCCUUACAUAAUAUCAACUCUUGCGUCGUGUUAAUUGGCGGCUCGUUGAAAUAUCUCUACACCUCGGAUAAAGUCUUAGUGACAAAUCUUGAUGAUAUGAAGAGAAAGUCGAAACAGUUGUUUUUUGCAUUUGGGUCGGAGAGAAUUCGUCGUGGCGAUUUCAAGUUGUCCAAACAAGAGAUAAAAAAUUUAUCUCAAAUGGUGCAAGAAUCCAAAAAACUGAGUCUGAAAAUGACUGUUUCAAGUGUUUCUAAACUGCAAACGGCUAGUGCUCUGCGCAAAUGUGUUUCCCGUACGAUCGAAGAGACCCCAAAACGACUGCUCCAGUACGUCUCAACUCUACCAGACAACUACCAAAUCUCCGAUCAAGCCCUAUGCGCUGCUCAGAAAUCGGUCUUAAAAAACUGCCGAGACGUUUCUGCCAAAACUGACUUGAUCGUGAAGGUAAUCGACAUGGAGGAGUCAUCAGCUUCUCAGCGGAACAAGGUACUGCGAGAGAUUGUCAUGAUAGCCUCGGUGAAGCACGUUAAUGUCAUCGGCAUCUUGGCUCACUACUCUGAUGUUACGAAGCAUUACCUCAUCUAUAAGAAGAUUCCAGAUAGUUCUUUGGUGGACACGAUCACAUCCCCAGACCAUCACCACAGCGAGAAGUUUAUAACUGACGUGGUUCAACAGGUGGCAAAAGGCCUGGAACAUUUACAUUUCCUGCGAAUUAUAUUCAGGAACGUCACACUCGACAACGUCCUGGUUGAUAAAUCGGUAACCGGGAUGAAUACUUACCUACUUUGCGACUUCGGAUUGGCCACUAAAAUAAUGCCCGGCAGUCGAAUAUUCUCCGUGUGUGGAAAUCCCUACUACAUGUGCCCCGAGAUGAUAAAGGAGGAAGGCUACGAUGAAAAAGUUGACUGCUGGGCUCUCGGGGUUCUGCUGUAUAUUCUGCUUCAUGGGGAUCCACCGUUCACAGCCGACGACAAGAGUUCAGACCACAACGAAAUCUUCCAGCACAUACUUACACACCCCUAUGAAGUGGUAUCGACCAACAAGUGGAAUCACGUUACUUUCGAAGCCAAGGAAUUAGUUGGCUGUCUCCUCCAGCCGGACCCGUUUGUGAGGUUUAGCAUUGAGGCCGUACCAUUUUGUGAAAAUAUUAGAGAUAUACAACAGCAGUCAGAUAUUGCGCCAUCCGUGGAUCGAAGCGAGGAGCAGUUUGGCACCCGAGAAGAACCUCAUGGUUCAUAUAGGUCAAAAAUUGAGCAGUUUCAUAUUGAACCAGGAACCAGCAAUGAACAGCGUGAUGGAGUGCCUGACCACAACCUGCCUGGACAAGGAACCCUACUAUUUCAUCAGAACACAGAACUGCUAGAAGGCUCGCAGGGAUAG